AUUAUAAGCGACAGCUGCUGUUCUCACUUUCGUUCCAGGUGUCAAUAUUUCUGAGUAAUUUGACGUAACAGCCCUGAAAUAAACUAUAUGUGUUCUUUAUGGCAAUUUCGCUAAUCACUUUGAAUAAUAAUGACUAAAUAAUGAUUCGCUGGUUGUUCACAACCACGCCUCUUAUUGUCAGUGGCUUGUGUGCGCCCUCGCAUCAGGGAACAUAUAAAAAGGCGAACUUUAAGCACUAAGCGUAAACCACUUGUACAUUCGCGAAAUGUCGCCAUCACCAUUGUCGUUACCGCAACAGGCGUUAGCCGCAGUUGAUACCCGUUCAUUUUUCAAACUUCAUUGGACGUGCUUCAAGGUGCUCGGUAUUAACGCGUCCAACUCCAGCGCCUAUUAUCUUGGCUAUUCGUUGCUGCUGCAGGUGCUCGUUACCCUCUGCUAUCCACUGCAUCUUGCCUUGGUACUCUUCGAUAGCGCUGAUGCCUCGAAGAAUAUACAGAACCUCGCCAUAUGUGUUAUCUGUGUGGUCUGCAGCAUGAAAUUUGCUAUCUACGCCGCGAGAAUGUCGCGCAUACGUGAGUUGGAGUCCAUUAUUGCUACGUUGGAUGCACGUGCCCAGAGUCUGUGUGAGCGCCGUUAUUUCGUAGUGAUACGUAAAGAAAUUCGUCGCAUUACCUUCGGCUUUCUCAGUAUUUAUGCUGCUGUGGCCGUGAUGGCAGAGCUGAUGUUUUUCUUACGUAAUGAGCAUAAUUUGAUCUAUCCGGGUUGGUUCCCGUUCGACUGGCGUGCAACUGAUUUGAAGUUCUAUGCAGCGAAUUUUUACCAAAUUGUUGGCGUCACUUAUCAGUUGCUGCAAAAUUUCAUUAAUAAUUGCUUGCCAACUAUAGCUUUGGCGCUACUGUCGGCGCAUAUCAAACUGCUGGGUAUUAGAGUUUCGCAAAUUGGCUACGCUGGGGAGAGUCCCGAAGCCAAUGAAGAGGAGCUGUUGUGUUGCAUCAAAGACCAAGAGCAGCUGUAUAACAUGCUCAGUGUCAUUCAAAAUAUCAUCUCGUUGCCGAUAUUUCUGCAGUUCACCGUUACAGCUGUCAACAUAUGCUUACCUUUAGCCGCAUUACUAUGCUAUGUAGAUUCACCAUUCGAUCGCUUGUUCUUUGUGGUAUACUUAUUCGCGGUGCCGUUAGAAAUAUUUCCCAUCUGUUACUAUGGCACAAGAUUUCAAUUACUUUUCGAUAAGCUGCACGUUGAGAUGUUCUUCAGCAACUGGGUGGAGCAAACACACAAAUUUCGCAAGCAUAUGAUACUCUUCUGUGAGCGUUCUUUGAAGAAUCAAACAGCCACGGCCGGUGUUAUUAUACGCAUUCAUCUGGAUACUUUCGUUUCGACCUGUAAGACAGCUUACUCCCUGUUGGCUGUCAUCAUGAAGAUGAAUGAAUAAGCAAACAAGUAGAAGUAUAAAUUAGCUAUUUUUCUAUAUUUGAAAUAUUUUUAUUUGAUUGAGACUUUUACAAUUUUUUUUUUGAAUAGUUUCCAAGGACCUCCUUUACCUACCAUAUCAACAGUAACCUGUUUCGUAGCGUAUUCUAUUAACUUUUUUAGCACCGUAGUAGCAUCGAAGAUCAGCGCGCUGCUAGCCUGAGUUCUAUUUUGUAAAUAUAUACUUAAAUAUUGCCGA